AUGUCGUCGCUUUAUUUACCAAACGAAUGUAUUCAAGAUAUUUUAAAUUAUGUAGAAGAAAAAGAUAACAAAACAUUUCAUUCUGCAUUACUAGUGAAUCGAACAUGGUGUCAAAACACAGUUUCGUUUCUUUGGAAAAAACCAUUCAGCUCACCACCAUCUGAUUCACAGAAUAAUUAUAAGAUUAUUCCAAUUUUAGCGUCAUUCAUUGAUGAUGACAAAAAGAAACAAUUUAAAAUCAAAGAGAAAGAACUUCCUGUACCAAAGAAGACAACAUUUGAUUAUCCUUCAUUUAUAAAACAUUUAGACUUUGUCAAUUUGUGGAGACUAGUUUUUAAAUGUUCAACAUCAUCAACAUCACACUAUUCUGAUCACAUUACGAUGAAUCAAUUAUAUUCAACUAAGUUUCCAGCAACUCUUCAAGAUGAAUUUAAAUCUGCGCUACAACAAAAAGCCGAAGUCGUAAAAGCUCUUUAUGAAGUGAUAUUACAACGAAAUAGAUUGGAAAGAUUAAGUUUAUCGAUGAAAGAUUGGCAUUUUCCAAAUUAUAAUGAUUAUAUCUUUGAUUCUUUGACAUCAACUCCUAAUGCUCGUUAUGCGUUAGCAAGAUUAACAAGAUUUGACUGCAACUUGGCAGCUACAAAUUUCCCCGUUUUAUUUAAACUUUCAUUAGUUUCAAGAAAUAUUAAAACACUUUCCAUACAAAUCUUUCGACACAUAUAUCGUGAUGGUCAACUACCUGAAUUAUCAAAGCUCAUUGAAUCACAACAUUCUUUGGAACAAAUCAACAUUUUCAAAGAUCAUAAAUGUAAUGAUAUUUCUAUCGAUUUGUCAGCUCUCGUUUCACAGAGGCAUUCCCUCAAAAAAUUAAAAUUACAUUAUGUUACUAUUGAUGAUGAACAACUUAAACAUAUUACAAAACUUCAACAACUUCAAGAAUUGAUGUUCACUUGUGUUAGGUUACGUGGUAAGAUGGUUUUAUUAACGAAUGCUUGCUUUCCAAAAUUAAAAGUCCUUCGUAUAUAUAGUACUUUUAUUCAUAAUAAUCAUGAGAGGAAUAAAUCAGAACAGAAAGAAAUAGAUCCUUUUGUUGGGUUGAUGAUGAAUAAUGGAGCGCAUUUGAGGGAUUUAAGUCUGGAAUUUAAGUUGGCGUUCCACCCGGAACUAUUAAAUAAUGUGGCAAAGUAUUGUGAAAAUUUAAUCACAUUUACCACUUAUUAUAAUGACGACACUGACAUGUCCGGUAUAUAUGAAGUAUUAGAGAAGUGUUCCAAAAUCGAAUUAUUUGGUAUUGAUGGCUUUGCCAAUAUGCCUUCUGAUACUAUUAAAAAUUUUUCUAAGAAAGUUCCAUCAAAUGUUAAAAAAUUGGAUUUUAGAUAUGAUUGUUUAGAUAUGGAUGCCCUUAAAGCUUUCUUAGAGAGUUAUGAAGGUCACGAUGUUAGGUAUUUAAUUUGUAAUGUUAAAGGUGACAAGGAGGUAUUGAAAGAUAUGAUCGAAGAAAUUUCCAAGGUGAAAGGGAGAAGUAUUAAGACAUGCUCAGUUGAACGUGGAGGUUCCGACGAAAAAGUUGUAAACAUUGAAUGGUGA